AUGCAGACCAUCAAGUGCGUCGUCGUCGGAGAUGGUGCUGUCGGAAAGACCUGCUUGCUCAUCUCGUACACCACCAACAAGUUCCCCUCCGAAUAUGUCCCCACUGUCUUUGACAACUACGCUGUUACCGUCAUGAUCGGAGACGAACCCUACACUCUUGGAUUGUUCGAUACCGCUGGUCAGGAGGAUUACGAUCGUCUGCGCCCAUUGUCGUACCCCCAAACGGAUGUGUUCUUGGUCUGCUUCUCCGUCACCUCGCCUGCUUCGUUUGAGAACGUCAGAGAAAAGUGGCUCCCCGAGGUUCACCACCACUGCCCCGGUGUCCCCUGCCUGAUUGUCGGAACCCAGGUCGAUUUGCGUGACGAUGCUGCUGUCGUAGAAAAGUUGUCGCGUCAGAAGCAGAGACCUAUUUCAGCCGAGAACGGUGAGCGUCUUUGCCGCGAGCAGAACGCCAUCAAAUACGUCGAGUGCUCAGCCUUGACCCAGAAGGGUUUGAAGAACGUCUUUGACGAGGCGAUUGUUGCCGCAUUGGAGCCUCAAGUUGUUAGGAAGAAGAGCAAGUGCCUGGUCCUCUAA